UAAGGACGCUUUCAGUCAUAACUAAGAGGAUAUAUUUUUUUCUAUCUGAUAAAAAUUUACAGACAGUGAUCAAAAUACAUUAACUCUAUAUUUUUAAAUUUACUUAUCGUGAAUUAUUAUAAGACAAUAGAUAUGCCUAUAGGAAAUGGUAACAAUAAUAAUAAUUGUAUGUCACUAAAACAAAAAAAGAAGGACGAAAUUGUACAGAAGGCUAAGAUUCAAGCAAUCAAACAACGUCAACAAAAUUGGCUUCAACAAAGAAAGGAAUGUCAAGAGCAAGAUACAAGUCUUCUACCAAACAAAUGUAUGUCCAGUUCAUCCAUAAAGGCAUCACCAGUCAGUAUUAAACAUGAACCUAUUGCUAACAAGGAGAAAUUGAAUGUGCGUGAUAAAUUUGAGCAUUGGAUAAAUGAAAGAAUUAAAAGCAGAGACAUCAAUGAAGAAUCAGACUUUACAGAUGACUGUAGCUUUGUAAGUGGACCCAACAGUGAGCUAGAAAGAAUUGCUUCCCCUGAACUCGAUACUCAAAGGCAACCCAUUCAAGAAGAAGAGUUUGGAACUUUGGCAGAAAAAAUAGCCAGCAAAGUAAAAGAAGAAAUGGGUAUUUUAAAUUACAAUAAGUCUUUGACCAAAACAGCUUCUCAUAUCACAGUGCUUAAAGGAAGUAAAAAUGACAAGGAAAUAAAGCGCUGUCAAACGCACACACAAAUACCACCUGUCUUUGAUUAUAAAAAAUCUAGCAUCCCAGGGAAUCACAGUUGCCCAGAUUGUGGAAACUUGAUGUUAUUUUCUGAGAACCAACCAAUGAUGUUAAUACCUUGUGGUCACACAUUAUGCAAGUCUUGUGCUCAAGAAACAAGAUCAUGUCCUAAUUGUUAUUGUUCUGUUGAAACAACAAAAUUAAACAGUGUCCUGCAUCAAGUGAUUAAAGAAUACCACACCCAAGAUAAAAUACCGCAACGCGACCUAAAAUCCUAUAAUCAAGAAAAGUUCCAGAGUUCACUCCCAUCCUAUAACAACCAACUUUCCACUCUUCAAACAAGGAAAGAAAUAUUAACCACAGAACACAAAACUUUGCUAAACAAACAAAAAACUGUUGCUAGUCAACUGCGACAAGAAGAAUUACAGGCACAGACACUGAGAAAACAGGAAGAAGAAAUAAUCAGGACCAUAAAAGAACUUCAAGAUAGAUUAAAUUCUCUUAAAGUGCAAAGACAGGAAUAUCAGACAACAAUUAUGGAUCUACAAAGUGAAAAAUCUAACAUUGAAGGAAAAAUUUCACUUAUUAGCACAACCAUUGUAUCUUUAACUAAGGAGAUCGAAAAGAUGAAAUUGUUAUCAGAAGCAGAAAGUGAACGAUAUUGAAGAGCAUUGCAUUUAUUAACUACAGAGUAUACUGGGAUAAUUUAUUUUAAAAUGUUUUCAUAUUAUUACAUGAUUGUACAAGUAUUACAAGGCAAAAUUAAAUUUAAUGUAUUAUUUCUUUCUCAUUCUGUGAAUUAAAUAUAAUGUAAUAUAUAUGAAAGCUUAAGUUUUAUUUUUAUUUAGCUUCACCAAAUAUUUAACUGAUUAAAACAUGAUACCCUUUCUUGAAGUCUUUAGGUCA